AUGAUCGGUACAUCAGCUGGAGUUAAAACCAAAUCUUAUCUACCAAACUCUCUCAAUUUUCAAGAUCGUGAGAUAUACAAGAUUGGUUUCACUGCUUUAGAUUGUAUGCGAAGAGACGGAAAACUAUGCGACGUCACUUUGAUUGCGGAUAAUAAUCGCUUCACUGCACACAAGAUUGUAUUGGCCGCCACUAUACCAUUCUUCAAUGGAAUGUUUCUAAGUAACAUGGCAGAAUCUACUAAAAGCGAGGUCACCAUUCACGGAGUUGACGCUUGUGCUUUAGAAGCGUUCAUUGGUUAUGCUUAUACUGGCUUAGUCCAAAUCAACCCUCGUAAUGUUCAAUCAAUUUUAAUCGGUGCCAAUUUUUUACAGCUUAAUAAUGUUCGUAACAUAUGUUGCAGAUAUAUCAGUGAAAGAUUGACUGUCGACAUAGUCUUACCGAUAAGAAAUCUCGCCCAAAGCUAUCUAUGUACAGACUUGGUAUCUGCUUGUGAGGCAUAUAUCUACAAAAAUUUCGAAGAUAUCGCACGCACAACUUCAUUUUUUAACCUUGAAGGAUGCGAAUUGAUGGAAUUACUGGAGUCAGAUGAACUGAAUGUCAGCAGUGAAGAACGCUUGUUUCAUAUAAUUAUGUCUUGGGUUGAAUUUGAAACAAAAUCCAAUUCUGAUACUGAGACGAACUCUGUUAUAUCAGAGUCUGUUAACGUAAUUGAGCUACCUGAAUAUUAUGAUAGUAAUGUGCAUUCGAUAAAACCAUCUGUUUCAAGUGAGAUUGGUCAUCGAAAUUCGUGUUGUAAUGGUUCUUUACAUUCUACACAUCAUUUUCAUAGUUGUCAUUGUUCUACACAAAUAUUCAAUAGCAAAUCCCGCACUGCCUUUCUUCCAUGCCUUCUUAGACGAAUCAGACUACCUCUAAUUCCAGUUAGCUACAUUUUCUCAGUUAUUUCGCGGCAUGAUCUUAUUCGAAAGGACAUUCGUUGUAGAGAUAUUCUAGAUGAAGUACGUGAUGUACUUCUUAUGUCAUGGAAGAUGUCGGAAUUCUUUAAUUGUCGACCUAGAAAAUGUCAAGAUAUUUUCGGUGUUAUUUAUGCUGUUGGAGGUUGGAAUACAGAUCUAGAAUGUCAUGGGAUUGUGGAGACUUAUCAUCCCUCACUUGGUCGUUGGGAAUUAUCAGAAAGUAUGAUAUCUAAGCGUAGUCGUAUUGGUGUGGUUGCUUUGAAUGGACUGUUAUACGCUAUUGGAGGUUUUGAUGGAAAUUCUCGCUUACGUACAACUGAAGUAUAUAAUCCAAAAACUGGAAAAUGGGCAACCGUUGCUUCAAUGAUUUGUCGACGUAGUGCUGCAGGAGCUGCUGCUUAUGAUGGAUGUUUGUAUGUUUGCGGUGGUUUUGAUGGUCAAACAUCUUUACGUACAUGUGAGAUGUAUAUUCCAGAACAAGAUACAUGGAAGUUAAUAUCAAGCUUGAAUGAGCCCAGAUCCGCUGGUGGUCUUGUUGCUCUCAAUGGUCGUCUUUAUGCUAUUGGUGGGCACAAUGGUUUAGCUGUUUUUUCAACAGUAGAAUGCUAUGAAAAAGGUGGAGAUUUACCUAAAACACUUUCACCAUCCUCUCGUUUUGAAACUGAUCAUCAGAAUAAUGGUAUUCAGCAAAGUCCUACUAAUGUAUGGUAUUCAGUAGCUAACAUGUUACAUCGGCGAUGUCGACAUGGCGCAACUGCUUUUCGUGAUCGUAUAAUUGUUGCCGGUGGUUAUGAUGGUGCUUCAUUUCUACAAAGUGUUGAAAUGUUCGAUCCUACAACUGGUCCAGAUCGUAAUGGUUUACAUGGACAAUGGACUGAAAUUUCAUCUUUGUCAGUCCCUCGUUCUCGAGUCGGAUUGGCUGUAACUGCAGGUUGUUUGUAUGCAAUUGGUGGUUAUGAUGGUAGUACUCAUCUACGAACAGUUGAAUGUUUCAAAUCUCCUAUUAAACAAAAUCCCUAUGAAUUAUCAAGUACUGUUUUACAAUCAAAAUUUAAUACAUUAUCUAAUUUAUUGAACAAACCUAAGAUUUCUGAUAAUUGUAGCGAUCAUGUUGAUGGUGAUGAUGACGAUAAUAAUGAUGAUGGUGUUUCCUUUAAUCAUCAUCCAUGUUCUGUACAAUCUGAUUUUGAGUCUAUUUCUUCAUGCAACUCAACUGAAGCGGUUACAUUUGUUAGAACAACACAAAAUGGGAAAACCAUGAUGUUAGAAAAGUUAAAACCUAAGCCAAUUAGUCAUCAACCAUCUAUUCCAUCCGCUUCAGUUAAUGUCAACUGUAAUGUUGGUACUUCCACAUUAUCUUCUGUCAUCCCAACUUCUUCUAAUCCUUUCGCUGAUUGGCAAUGGUCAUCUGGACCUUCAUUAGUUGCACAUGAGGGAUGGGUUGGUAUAUGUGUCCUUCCUUUUGACCAAUCUUCUUCAGUCCAUUAA